CAAGGCCGUGGCCUCCCUGCCAGGAGGUUGCUGUGGCUGUGGAGGAGCCACACUGGAUUAGUUGCGGGACAAGUUGGCAGGUGGCUGUGGGGGUUACAGGCUUUGUCCCCCUCUGAACCCUUGGCUCAUCUCUUGCUUGGCCACACAGGGGGCAAUAUCACAACUUCCAAACUUAUUGUUGACUCCAAAACACGCCUCACCUGCACCUUGGAUUCCAGUGACACUGCCAUCCUGGGACACCGCUGGACGAAAGGGGACAAGGUGCUGCAGGAGGACUCGGAGCCCGGUCUGACAACGCAGUAUGAGGUAGACACACACGAGAGCGCCGGACAGUACUUCUGCACCUUCCUCUCGGAACCUACAGGCAAAACCGCCGACCUGACUGUGGAGGGGCCCCCCAGGAUUAAGGCUGUGAAGAAGUCAGAGCAUGCCACUGAAGGAGAGACAGUUGUGCUGGCCUGCAAGUCUGAGUCUUUCCCCCCAGUUACCGACUGGUUGUGGUACAAGAUAAAUGACAAUGAGGUCCAGAUUUUCAGCAACGCGUCCCAGAACAAGGUUGUGAUGUCCUCGGAGACCAAGACAGAGUUGCACAUCCAGAACCUAGACCUGGAGGCAGACCCUGGCAAGUAUGCCUGCAAUGGCACCAAUGCAAUGGGCACUGACCAGGCCGUCAUCACGCUGCGUGUGCGCAACCGCCUCGCUGCCCUCUGGCCCUUCCUGGGUAUCGUGGCUGAGGUGCUCGUGCUUGUCACCAUCAUCUUCAUCUAUGAGAAGCGGCGGAAGCCGGACGAGGUCCUGGAUGAUGAGGACACGGGCUCUGCUCCACUGAAGAGCAGCGGGCACAUGAAUGACAAAGACAAGAACGUCCGCCAGAGGAACGCCAACUGAG